AUGAUUCCAUCUGCUGGGGUAUUUUCUGUGAGAAUGCAAAAUCUUCAUCGAAUUAUAUCGCGUUUCUCUUCAACUUCACUAGGCUCAAGCACAACAACAGCCAGAGUUUUGACAGACACAACCAAAACCAAGUUGAGAAACGAGGCAAUCAACUUGAGAGGAUUUUCUACUAAAUCUGGUGAAAAUGACGGUAAAGAUGAAUGGGAAAAGACUGUGACGGGAUCAUUUGGUGAUACGGCAUCAAGUGAUUUGGGAUGGGAUUCUGUUUCGUCUUGGUCAACGGGACUGACCAAGGAGCAUUUUGAUGGUGACGCCCCACCUAGCAGAGGAGACUCGUCACAUUCUUCUGUGAUCUCUGGAUUGGAAGAGACUGAUGAUAAGCUGAGAGAAUUUGAGGCAGAGAAUCGUAAAAGUAAGGCUUUUGUAGAUGGAUGGGGCGAGAGGAUGCAGGAGAUGAGUGUGCUCUUGAAGCAAGUUAGAGAGCCUGGUGCAAGGGGGUCUUGUCUAAAGGACUCUGAGAAAGCCGAGAUGUAUCGCUUGCAUAAGCAGAAUCCUGAGGUUUACACUGUUGAGAGGCUGGCGAAGGAUUAUAGGAUUAUGAGGCAAAGAGUGCAUGCAAUUCUUUGGUUGAAGGAGCUUGAGGAGGAAGAAGAGAAAAAGCUUGGGCAUCCUCUGGAUGAUUCUGUAGAGCUCUUGCUUGAUACUUGUCCUGAAUUUUUAAAUUCCCACGACAGGGAAUUCCAUGUGGCUUCCCUUCCUUACAAACCUGACUUCAAAGUCAUGCCAGAGGGUUGGGAUGGUACCACCAAAGAUCUGGAUGAAGUCCAUUAUGAGAUCUCCCAGAAAGAAGAUGAAAUGCUUUAUCAAGAAUUUGUCCAGAGGAUGAACUUUAAUAAAAAGAAAGUUGCAGGGGAGGUUAAAUGCCACAAGUACAGCCGGUGCCGUCCAUCAGAAGGGUGGAAUUUUACAGUAGAGAAACUGGGACCACGAGGGAAGCGUGGAGGUGGUGGUGGCUGGAAAUUUGUCAGCUUGCCUGAUGGUUCCAGCCGACCUCUUAAUGAAAUGGAGAAGAUGUAUGUGAAGCGAGAGACCCCCCGCCGCCGACGCAAGAUACUCCCUUGA